GACCUUCCUAUAUUCUCAAGGUUCAGGUUACGAUGUAAUUGUUGUUUGGGCUCAUACUGAACUGUAGGUGGUGAUCCGGAAUAAGAAGCGUACCCGUUCACAUAGUCAUUGUCGUGGUCAUUAGUGUGUGUAACGCUAUUAAUUAUGCAUCUCUGUUUAGAUGGAGACGAAAACGAAGGCAGAACUCCACUACUUUCUGAUCAGUCAAGGACUGUACAACUUAUUUCAGCGCAUCAUAGUCGCAGACCACGAAAUUCUCCACCUUCAGAUGAUUUUCAAAAAAUUGGUGUCAAUAUAAACCACGGGGAGAGAAACGUGUUCAGUUUUCAACGAUUAUGGACGUUCACAGGUCCUGGAUUCUUAAUGAGUAUUGCCUAUCUGGAUCCUGGAAAUAUAGAAUCAGAUUUGCAAAGUGGUGCAAUCGCUAAUUAUAGACUUCUAUGGCUUUUACUCCUAGCUACAUUGAUGGGAUUAUUUCUACAACGUCUGGCUGCUCGUUUGGGUGUAGUGUCAGGUAGACAUUUAGCAGAAGUAUGCUAUGAUGAAUAUCCUACACCGGCACGUAUUAUACUAUGGAUUAUGGUUGAGGUUGCAAUUAUUGGGUCAGAUAUGCAAGAGGUGAUUGGUACUGCUAUAGCUAUAAAUUUAUUAAGUUUUGGUUAUAUACCUUUAUGGGCUGGUGUACUUAUCACUAUUUUGGAUACUUUCACUUUUUUAUUUCUUGAUAAAUAUGGUUUACGUAAAUUAGAGUUCUUUUUUGGACUUUUAAUAACUAUUAUGGCCGUGACAUUUGGUUAUGAGUAUAUUGUUGUAAAACCCGAUCAAGUAUCUCUUUUACGUGGAUUAUUUGUGCCUUCUUGUCCUGGUUGUGGUUGGCCUGAAUUGGAACAAGCUGUUGGUAUCCUCGGUGCUGUUGUAAUGCCUCAUAAUUUUUACCUACAUUCUGCUCUUGUUAAAUCACGUGAUAUAGAUCGAAAUAAUCCAUCUUUGGUUCGUGAAGCGAACAUGUAUUACUUCAUUGAAUCAACCAUUGCAUUAUUCGUUUCUCUUAUGAUAAAUAUAUUUGUUGUAUCGGUAUUUGGUGCUGGGUUUUAUGGUAAAAAUGUUAAACAAGUGAUUGAAAAUUGCACACUUGAAGGUAAAAUUCCUGUUCGUUUUACAAAUGCUGCUUCUAGUUUUGAUCCAAAUAGUGUUGAUUUGUACACAGGAGGAAUAUUUCUAGGUUGUGAGUUUGGUCUCGCCUGUCUUUUUAUUUGGGCUAUCGGUUUAUUGGCUGCUGGGCAGUCGUCUACAAUGACUGGGACAUAUUCUGGACAGUUUGCUAUGGAAGGUUUUUUAAACUUAAAAUGGAAACGCUGGCAACGAGUGUUAAUAACGCGUUCUAUAGCUAUUUUGCCCACCAUUUUAACGACUGUUUUUAGAGGCAUUGAAGAUUUAACUGGAAUGAAUGAUUUCUUAAAUGUACUGAUGAGUGUUCAACUGCCAUUUGCUGUUAUUCCAUUGUUAACAUUCACUAGUAGUAGAUCAGUUAUGGCUGAAUUUAAAAAUUCUAUUCCGGUUUCAAUUGUUGCUAAUUUAAUAUCCAUAGCAGUUGUGUCAAUUAAUCUAUUCUUGGGUAGUGUUGUAAUUAAAGCACGUCUACCGCAUCAUUGGGCAGUAUAUUUAGGCAUGGGAUUAUUAUUCGCAUGUUAUUUAGGGUUUGUAUUUUACUUGAUUUGGUUCGGAUUUAUUCAUGUAUGGCGUUCAAGAAGGACUCCUACAACAUUUGUUACAUUGAGUAUGGAUAGAUCUCUUUCAGUGAUUGACGUUGAUGCCACGGCUGUUCCUAUUAAUGGUGAUGGCGGUAAUCGAUCGACCAUUGAGAAAACUCUCCAUAAUACAAUGGUUCUUUCUUAGAAAUUAUACGAUACAAAAGGAUUAAAAAAAAUAAUUUAACCAAAUAACAGUACUUAGCAGGCAAAGAACCUUUCGCCAAUUAAACCUUGUCUUUCUAAUUCAUCCAUACUAUUAUUAUUAUUACUACUUCCACAGUAUUUGUAUUUAACAUAAUGAUAUUUUUCCAGAUUGUUGUUAUGCUACUAUCAGAGUAUAUUUGGCCUUAAAUUACAUUUUAUUUAUUAAUUUAUGGAAUAGUAAGCAAUUGGGAAGUAAUAUGAUUGUCGUUUUGUCAAUUGAUCUAUUUAUACACUGUUUUUAAUCUUUUUGCUAUGAGUCACAUUUAUUUUGAAUUGUUUGAUAUACUGAACGUUUUUAUAAUAUAUAUAUUGAGAUAUGCGGUGCUUAAUUUUUUGUUCCCUACUAAUUUUGUUAUGUUUAUAGUUGCUUAUACAGGUCUUGAAUAACUAUCGAAAGUUG